AUGCAACACGCUUCAGCCUCACCCCAGACCGCAAUCAACAAGAUCAACAAAGUCACCGCAGAGAAUAAUGGCAGGCCAUCGCUUAUGGACCUGCUGACGGCAUCUGAUGUGGAGGAUAGCAACCAGUCUUUUGUCGGUUCUUCACAGCAAAGCUCCACCAAGCCGGUCACACCUUUUACGUUUGAGUCGAGGCCCUUGCCGCCCUUGAACACAGCUAACACGCAACCUAAAUCAGACAUCCCUGGACGCAAUACCCAAAGUCUUUUGCAGCCUAAAGGAAAGCCAGAGACGGUUUCAUACUUGAAUGACCCAUCAAAAGCGGGCAACAGCAGCGCAAACUCAGAUGACCAUGCGGAAGCGACUGGCGCAAAGGAGGCCUUGGCUCUGGAUGGGUCAAGUGAUAUGAAGCAGAAGACACUCAAUCUUAGAACCAAUAUGCGGGAGCCCAUUCCCAAUUCAACAUCUAUACCCAGGACUAGCAUUACGCGCAGGGCUGCACCUUACAAAGUCCCGACAAUCAAUGAACGCGAGUCGCUGCGUUCCAGUCGGACGCCACAAUUCCGCGCUAGACCUCUGGAUCCAAAAGUCUUUACAGGCGCAGGGGACGUUGGUGUACCUCGAAUUCGGAAACUGCCGCUCACGGUGCCGGUGUCGCCUGUUUUCACUAGUCGUGCGGCACAGGAGAUUCCAGUUCCAUUCCAACUUGCAACGCAACGUCGCGCUGAGAUCCAUAUGCACCAACACGGAUCUGGGGCUGCAGCUCAAACGACCUCAGUCGGCGCGCGACGACCAAGUCGACUUGCAGGACUCGCCCCCCUUCGCUCGUCAAUACCAUCAGGCCACACCUCUGGUGCUAUCAGAAAAUCACAGUUUAAGCCGACGGUGCCCAUCUCGCCAAAGCUCGGUCAACGAGUCCCUGUACGAGCACUUCAACCAACACGCUUUUUACUCAAGAAGAGCACGAAGGAGUUAACUCAGCCGCAUGAGUUUCGCUUUCAUUCCGAUCAGCGUGCCAGGGAGAGGGAGCAGUUUGAACAGUCGGCUAAGAAGCGAGAGCAAGAGCUGUUAGAGCUCAAACAAAAGGCACCGGAGCUGCACAGGCAGCGCGAGCAAAGAAUGAGGGUGCGCGAGAGUAUGGAGCGAUCAUUUCAUGCAGGACCAAUCAAGCAUUAUCAACCAAUAACGAUCCAUAAGGCCACCAAACCGUUGACGAAGCCCAUGAGCCCCAUGAUUGGUGAGAAACGAAAGAGGCACGAGAUGGAAACCCAGUAUCUGGAGCAACAGCAGCACACUACGCACCUACAAGGUUCUUACGGCGACAUCCAGACCAAUGCAUCCUAUGCACAGAGCGCUGACGAUCCACAAGGCUCGUAUCUGCCGGAACUAAACGCCGUGGUUGAACCAGAGGUUUACCGAGAAUUCGAAGAGGCCAAGAUCUUGCAGGAACAACAUCGGGCGCUUCAAGAACAGCUCACACGGCAGGAGCGGAGGCAGCUAGAACUCGCCAACAGCUAUCACGCCACCAUUCAUCAACCACCAAUCCGCCUCUCAUUUCCUUUGGAUCCCGCAUUUGAAGCACUACAAACAAGCGACAGCCGUGCUAACUCUAGCGAGAGUGCGGAUGCUGAGCAGCCGAAUGCUGAGCAGCCGAAUGGAACUUCGGAGGAUCAGCCUGGAGGCUAG